GAGCUGCCAUUUGGUCGGUCCGUGCAAAGGUCUCCCAGCUGGAUUUAGUUAUCGAUAAGUCUGACAGUGCCUAGACGUCCCAAACUCAAUUUUAUUGCCCGGCCGCGAAUUCUUUUUCUCGAGGUCCUAUUUUUUUAAUCGAGUUUACUUGGCAAUAUGCGUGACCAAAACUCGGAUGAUGAAAGCGGUUCAUCCGGUUCCAGUCGCAGUGGUAGCCGCAGCCGCAGUGGCACGCCGCAAGGAGGCAGUGCACCCGGGUCCCCCCGCAGCCGUAAGUCUGGCAGUGGUAGCGAUCGAUCUCGAUCGGACUCCAGAUCUUCCAGAUCUCGUUCCGGCUCGGGUUCUCCACGAAGUGCCAGGUCGGGAUCUGCGCAAAGCCAGCGGUCGGGCUCCGCUCAUAGCAAAAGAUCAGGAUCUGCUCAAAGUCGCAGGUCGGGCUCUGCCCGCAACCGAAAAUCGGGGUCGCCAGGAUCCCCCCAAAGUCAAAAGUCGGGAUCUCCGCAAAGUCGUAGAUCAGGAUCCCCACAAAGCCGCAGAUCCGGGUCCCCCCAAAGUCACAAGUCGGGAUCCCCUCAAAGUCGCAGAUCCGGGUCGCCCCAUAGUCGUAGAUCAGGAUCGGCACGCAGCCAGAGAUCCGGAUCCGCCCGCAGUCGCAAAUCUGGCUCCGCUCAGAGCGCUAGAUCUCGAUCCCGCUCGCGAAGUGGCACACGCAAGGGCAGUGGCAACGAAGAAUCCCGCUCCAAUUCUCCCAAUCUGCAGAUCGACGAUGAGCGUGCCAACUCCAAGAGCGGCAGUCGUAGCAGGAGCAGGAGUAGGAGCAAGAGUGGCAGUCGCACCUCCAGAUCGCGCUCCAAGACGGGAACACCUUCGCCCACCAGGAGUCGCAGCCGCAGUGGAUCCGGUUCCGGCAGCGACAUUGGCGUGCCCAAAAAAAAGGCACGUAAGGCAAGUGGCUCCGAUCAGGAGAAGCAGAAGAGCGCCAGCGAUAGCGACAUGGAGGAAUCGCCCACCAAAGCGAAGAAAUCCCGGCUGAUCGACUCUGACAGCGACUCCGACCAGGAGCAGGCCAAGAAAGCUCCUGCCGCAGCUGACAUCUUUGGCGACGCCGACGAUAUUAGUGACGAUGAGGAGGAGCCUGGGCCAGGCACCAGUAAAUCACCAGCACGCUCCAAGAGCCGCAGCAGAAGUAGGUCUCGAUCACGCAGUCGUUCGAUGAGCCGCUCGCGUUCUCGCUCCCGAUCCCGGUCCCGCGAUCGUGCCGAGUCCCAGGUGGAGCAGGCACCCAAAGAGGAUGAGCCUGAGCCUCUGCCCGAGACACGAAUCGAUGUGGAGAUUCCACGCAUCUCUGCGGACCUCGGAAAAGAGCAACACUUCAUCAAGCUCCCUAACUUUUUGUCAGUGGUCACACAUCCCUUUGAUCCAGAGACCUAUGAAGAUGAAAUCGAUGAAGAGGAGACCAUGGACGAGGAGGGAAGGCAACGCAUCAAGCUCAAGGUGAGCAACACGAUCCGUUGGCGUGAAUUUAUGAACAACAAGGGCGACAUGGUGCGCGAGUCCAAUGCGCGUUUUGUACGCUGGUCCGACGGCAGCAUGUCCCUCCAUUUGGGCAACGAGAUUUUCGAUGCCUACAGGCAGCCGCUACUGGGCGACCACAACCAUUUGUUCAUCCGCCAGGGUACGGGUCUGCAGGGCCAGUCGGUGUUCAGGACUAAGCUCACUUUCCGCCCCCAUUCCACGGAGUCCUUCACGCACAAAAAGAUGACCAUGUCGCUGGCCGAUCGAUCCAGCAAGACCAGCGGAAUCAAGAUCCUAACGCAGGUGGGCAAGGAUCCCACGACGGAUAGGCCCACGCAACUGAAGGAGGAGGAGGCCAAGCUGCGCCAGGCAAUGCGCAAUCAGCACAAGGCGCAGCCCAAGAAGAAGAAACCGGGCGCCGGCGAACCGCUUCUGGGUGGCGGCACCUCAUCCUACCAGCACGACGACGGCAGCGAUGACGAGAAUGCCAUUAGCUUAAGUGCCAUUAAGAAUCGCUACAAGAAGGGUUCCGGCGGUGGGCAGGCGGAGGUGAAGGCCUCCACGAUCUACUCCUCGGACGACGACGAGGGCUCCGACUUUGAGGCGCGCCGUAGCAAGAAGGUGGACAAAGCCAAGGCCAGCAAAGCGCUUCGGGACUCCGACAGCGAAUCGGAUGCCGGCAGCGCCAAGAGCGGCAAGAGUGACAAGAGCGGCGGUGGGAGCGCCAGCGGCAGCGAUAACGAAGGCAGUCGAAAGAGUGGCGGCGGCAGCAGUAAGUCCGGCAGUGGAAGCGGUAGCGGCAGUGGCUCCGGCAGCGGAUCGGGAAGCGACAACGAUGAUUAGGUUGGUCUAAUUUGUUUGUGUUUCAAAGUCGACCAAUAAAAUAAAUUUACUAUGUUUA